AUGUCCGUCACCAUUCCCAGAACUCUGUUUGGCCUUCUUUCUAGAAACAACUCAAUUUCCUUCGUUGGUUGCUUUCUACAGCUCUUCCUAUUCUUUGCAGUUGGAAUCAUGGACAGCUUUCUUCUAGCUAUCAUGUCAGUAGACCGAUAUGUUGCAGUCUGCCAGCCAUUGCGUUAUUUAAGCAUAAUGAGCAAAAAGGUGUGUAUUAGUCUUGUAAUUUCAUCAUGGGUUAUAGCUUGCCUCCACUCAAUGUUGCACACAAUUAUGAUCUCCUCUCUUGUUUAUUGCACUUUUGUUGUUUAUCACUUUUUUUGUGAUGGACCUGCCAUGGUGAUGAUCUCUUGUUCAGACACCUUUUUUAUUCAGAUGACUGUGUUUGUUGAAGGUUCAGUAAUUUUAAUUAGUCCAGUCCUCUUCAUCUUAGGAUCUUACACCCUCAUCAUAAGGGCUGUUUUAAGGUUGAGCACUUCCAAUGGUAGAAAGAGAACCUUCUCAACAUGCACCUCCCAUUUAACAAUGGUCAUAAUUUUCUAUAGCUCUGUCAUAUUCAUGUACUGCCGUCCAAGCAUCCUCUACUCACCCGUGUAUGAUCGUGUGGUCAGUGUGCUCUACACUGUCCUUACUCCAAUGCUCAAUCCUUUUAUAUAUAGUCUGAGAAACAAGGAAGUAAAAAAUGCAAUGAAAAGGUCAUAG